AUGACCGAAGAGACUAGGUCAGAAGUAUUAGAUUUUGGUGGUGCAAACUCUUCAAUUUCUAAAACCCCGACUUCAUCUCAUUUAUCUAAUAACCACUCGAGACAUGAGUCUAGUCUUCGAAAUGAUAAUAAACGAAAGAAGCCGAAUAUAAAACAGGUUAACAAAUCACAUUUGUCAGCUCAAAAAGAAAAGGUUAAGAUACUAGUACAUCAGGUCAUAGACUUGAUUUUACAAGAAUCAAAGCUCGAAUACAGCUUCGAUAUAUACUACAGAGGUGUUGAAUCCUUGUGCAGAUUCAAGCAUAUUGAGCAAUCAAUAUUGGCAGAUCAUUUGAAAUUAAAAUUGGAAGACCAUUUCCAUUAUCAUAUAAAGCCUGAUAUUACAAGGAUCUUAGAGGAUAAUCUGUUAACAUUAAGUGAAUCAAUAACGAAAUACUUGGAAAUAUAUGAAAAAUGGAAACAUAAGCUUCAGUUGUUGAGUAAGUUGUUUCUUUAUUUGGAUCGGUGUUAUUUAAUGCAACAUCCUUCAAGAAAAAUGAUCUUAGAACUCGGGAUGACGUUGUUUGUUGAGGGGCUCCUAGCGGAUAAUAAUGAAGGCACUAAUAGAUUAGCUGAUAUCACUCUUCGCAAGCAUAUACAAUUGUUAAAAAAGGUUGGCGAAUUUGAAGAUAUCAGAGAUUUAAAACUUGCUAAACAUCUAUCAACGGUAUUAGUGAAAUUGAAUUUCAAUCACCAAAUAAGGCUACAUACCGAUCUUAUAAAUCUGAUAAUAUCGCAUUAUAAUUCAUUAAAAGACUUGUGGAUUGAAAAGCCUGAAACAUACAUACAUAUAGCUUUAACAAAGAUAUCAAGGGAAAUGACCUUUUUUAAGGAUUGUGGUUACGAGAGAGAGUUUUUGAUAGAAUUUUUACUGAAACUCAAGUGGAUUCUAAUUUUUCAAAAUUUCAAUACAAUGAUUAGGAGCUGUAUACCCUUCAUGGUACAUGAUAAAAAUUUGAAGCAGUUUGAAAUCAUAUAUGAUUAUUGUGGGAGAUCCUUAGACGAAUAUCAACUAGAUGCAAUGUCAAUUUUUGUUUAUGAAUGGGGUCAGCAUAUAAUACACUCAAUUAAGGAGAUAAUCGAUAGUAAUAAGUCAAACCUGAAAAAGAUAAUUCCAUUAUUAGUUGAAUCCAAUUUGAAAUACAAAAGCAUUGCUGGUGACAAAUUUAACAAGAAUGAAUUAUUUGAAUUUGAAGUCAGAAAGUCCUUUACGAAAUCGUUCAAUGAGAAGAAGAUUAAUACUUUAAUAAUAUUCCAGUUAUGUAAGUAUUGUGAUUCAUUCUUCAAGAAUAUUAAUAAAAAAUCGAACAAGGAUGAAAGUAUAAAUUUAUCCUUCAAUGAAUUUCAACAACAUGUAUUGAUUAUCUUUAAGGCUCUAAAUAAUAAAAAUGACUUCAUUUCUCAUUACAAGAAGGAGUUGUCGAAGAGAUUACUUUUAGGAAAAUCCCCGAGUUAUAGUUUAGAAAGGAAGUUAGUAGAAUCAUUCUUGAAGCUUAUUGGUGAAGGAGAAGAAACUGUUGGUUUGCAAAUAAUGUUUAAAGAUCUAGAGUUGUCAAAAGAAAAAUAUUCUCUGAUGACUUUGGAUGACAGCACUGUUGAUUUUACUGCUUUAGUCUUAGAACAAAAGCAUUGGCCUGAAAUGCCUAAAUUGGACUCAGAUAUUAUUCUACUGCCUCAGCUUACAACCAUACUUGAUAGUUUUACUGCGUUGUAUCACAAUUCGGACGAAAAAUUAAAAAACCGUACUCUUGAUUGGAGUCAUUAUCCUUUGCAUCAAUUAACCAUCAAAGCGAACUUUGAUAAUGGCGAAAAGGAAUUAGACGUAAAUUUGUUACAGGCAAUUGUCAUUUUAUUAUUCAAUGACAAGAACAGCUAUACUUACGACGAAAUAUUUGCACUUUCGAAUAUAAGUGAUAAGUUAUUGAAAAAGGUACUAGGGUCAUUAUCGUCUGAUAAAUACAGAAUAUUACUUAAGGAUAAUGCAACGUACUCAUUCAAUUCAAAAUUUACGGAUAAAGCAACAAAAAUAAAAAUUACUCUUUCAAAAGAUAGAGAAAUAUCAACUGGCUUGUUUGAUAGCGACGCAACAAAGGCGCUUGAAAGAAAUAGAAGUGUUGAAUUUAGAAGCGCCUUAGUUCGGGUGAUGAAAAGUGCCAAACGAAUCUCGUAUCUAGAUUUAUUGACCCAAACCCUACCAUUAGUAGAAAAAAACGGGCCAUGUACCAUAGCAGACCUUAAGUCCAAUCUUGAGUACUUAAUAGAGAAUGAAUUCGUUAAAAGAGAACUUGACGGUCAAUCACUUUCUUAUAUACCCUAA